CCCUCCUUGCGCAGGGUGCCGCCCGUGCUGGCUGAGCUGACCUGCGCUCGGCUCGGGCGCCGCAAGCGGCUGGGGAGGGCGGCGUGGGAGAGGACGCCGAGACACAGGGGCAGCCACACAGAGGUGACAAGCUGCGCACCUGGAAAGUUACCCGGCUGUCUGGUCCCUGAGCAACAUGGGAAAUGGUUCAGUGAAACCCAAACAUUCCAAGCAUCCAGAUGGCCACACCGGGAAUCUCAGCACUGAUGCCCUGCGGAGCAAGGUGACGGAGCUGGAGAGAGAGCUGAGGAGGAAGGAUGCUGAGAUUCAAGAGCGGGAGUACCAUUUGAAGGAGCUGCGGGAACAGCUGUCGAGACAGACCGUGGCCAUUGCUGAGCUCACGGAGGAGCUCCAGAACAAGUGCAUCCAGCUGAACAAGCUUCAGGAUGUGGUGCAUAUGCAGGGAGGAAGCCCACUCCAGGCCUUUGUGGAUAAAGUGCCUCUUGAGGUCCACCGGAAGACCUCGGGAUUGGUCUCUCUCCAUAGCAGAAGGGGAGCAAAGGCCGGGGUGUCUGCGGAGCCCACAACCCGAACCUAUGACCUCAACAAGCCCCCUGAGUUUUCCUUUGAGAAAGCGAGAGUCAGAAAGGACUCCAGUGAGAAGAAGCUCAUUACAGAUGCCCUUAAUAAAAACCAGUUCCUGAAGAGACUGGAUCCUCAGCAGAUCAAAGACAUGGUGGAAUGCAUGUAUGGGAGAAACUACCAGCAAGGCAGUUACAUUAUUAAGCAAGGAGAACCAGGAAACCAUAUAUUUGUGCUUGCAGAGGGUCGACUAGAGGUGUUCCAAGGAGAGAAAUUGCUGUCAUCCAUCCCUAUGUGGACCACAUUUGGGGAACUAGCCAUUUUAUACAACUGUACCAGGACUGCCUCUGUGAAAGCUAUUACCAAUGUUAAAACAUGGGCAUUAGAUCGAGAGGUUUUCCAGAACAUAAUGCGGAGGACAGCUCAAGCUAGAGAUGAACAAUACAGAAACUUCCUCAGAAGUGUAUCCUUGCUGAAGAAUUUACCAGAAGAUAAACUGACCAAGAUCAUUGACUGUUUGGAAGUGGAAUACUACGACAAAGGCGAUUACAUCAUUAGAGAGGGCGAGGAAGGGAGUACCUUUUUCAUUUUGGCAAAAGGAAAGGUUAAAGUCACUCAGAGUACUGAGGGCCACGAUCAACCACAGCUGAUUAAAACACUGCAAAAAGGAGAAUACUUUGGGGAAAAAGCUCUGAUCAGUGAUGAUGUCAGGUCAGCUAACAUUAUUGCUGAAGAAAAUGAUGUCGCUUGCCUGGUUAUAGAUCGAGAAACAUUCAAUCAAACUGUUGGGACAUUUGAAGAACUCCAAAAAUACCUGGAAGGGUAUGUGGCGAACCUGAACCGUGAUGAUGAGAAAAGACAUGCCAAGCGGUCCAUGUCUAACUGGAAGCUGUCCAAAGCACUCUCUCUGGAGAUGAUUCAGCUGAAGGAGAAGGUGGCCAGAUUUUCCUCAUCAUCCCCCUUCCAGAACCUUGAGAUUAUUGCAACACUGGGCGUUGGUGGGUUCGGAAGAGUUGAGCUUGUUAAAGUAAAAAAUGAGAAUGUUGCUUUUGCUAUGAAGUGUAUAAGGAAAAAGCACAUAGUUGACACUAAGCAACAGGAGCACAUCUACUCAGAGAAGAGGAUUUUGGAAGAGCUGUGUUCUCCGUUCAUUGUGAAAUUAUAUCGUACUUUUAAGGACAAUAAAUAUGUGUACAUGCUUCUGGAGGCCUGCUUAGGUGGGGAGCUAUGGAGUAUAUUAAGGGACAGAGGCAGCUUUGAUGAAGCCACCUCCAAAUUCUGUGUCGCUUGUGUGACAGAGGCAUUUGAUUACCUGCAUCGACUAGGUAUCAUCUACAGAGACCUGAAGCCAGAAAACUUAAUUCUAGAUGCUGAGGGUUACCUGAAAUUGGUUGACUUUGGAUUUGCUAAAAAAAUAGGUUCUGGACAGAAAACAUGGACAUUCUGUGGGACUCCAGAAUAUGUAGCUCCUGAGGUCAUUCUCAACAAAGGGCAUGACUUUAGUGUGGACUUUUGGUCCCUGGGAAUUCUAGUGUAUGAGCUCCUAACGGGCAACCCACCCUUUUCUGGGGUUGAUCAAAUGAUGACCUACAAUUUGAUUCUCAAAGGAAUUGAAAAAAUGGAUUUUCCCAGAAAAAUAACAAGAAGACCUGAAGAUUUAAUUCGUAGGCUUUGCAGGCAAAAUCCAACAGAAAGACUGGGAAAUCUGAAGAAUGGAAUCAAUGACAUUAAGAAACACAGGUGGUUAAAUGGUUUUAAUUGGGAAGGACUGAAAGCACGGAAUCUCCCAUCACCCUUACGAAGAGAGCUCAGUGGACCUAUAGAUCACAGCUACUUUGACAAGUAUCCUCCUGAAAAGGGAGUGCCUCCAGAUGAGCUGUCCGGCUGGGAUAAGGACUUCUAACAGAAGACAAGAUGAUUAUUGCCUAUACGGAAGAGGACAAUAAGGAUCAAAAAUCUGACACUGAUUAUUUCUGUCUUCAAAGUAUUACAAUAUCUUUUGGAAGACCAUUAGGGAAAAGAAAUCCCUGUGCAGGAGGUGGAGGAGAGUGGUAUGGAUGUGGUUCUGAAUGAUAAUGUCUCAUUUAGAUGCUGUGAAUUAUUCAUGUAUUCCAUUCUAUGCUUGUGUCAAAUGCUGAAGGCCAUCCCCUGCCCCUUUUCCACAAUCAAACCAUUUUUGUUGAAGUAGCAUAGUUUUCUCUGAAAUCUACUGCUCCUUCCCAGUCAUACUCUUCUCUUUUGAGUCAUAAUAAGGGCUUAACAAGGGCCUUGCCCUUGAGCAACUAAGUUCUGCAAGUAAGAGGAAGAAUCUGAGUAAAUUUUGGAAGAUUUCCGCAGCUCUCAACAACUCUAUGUAGGCAUGGUGGCAUCUUAAAAGGUGUUAUGUAAAAAUCUUGGUAAUCAAUAGUUCUUGACUUCUUUCAGCCUAGAAAUACACAAAUAUGCUUCUGAAACUAGUCUGGAAACUGUGAGUGUGAGUAUUAGAGAGUGAUACUCCAUAAAGUAAAUAAGUCAAUUUAUCCAUUAUAUUCUAUUGAGAAACUUAGAAAAAUUAAACAAAGCAAAACUAUUUUUCUUUCUCCUGUGACCAGCUAUGAAUGAUACCUCAGAGAUUUUCAAAAACUCUGCUAAAAGUGGUUAUAAUUUAUGGUUAAAUGAGGACCUUUAGAAAGGUUUUAUCUGCUAAAAUGUUUUCACUACCAAAGUAGAAAAUAUAUUAAAAUGAAAUCAUGAAAGCUUUUCCUCCCUGUUAGAGAUAAAGGAGAAUAUAUUCCAAUAGGUAAAGUUAUGGACUCUUUGAAACUCUGAGCUAUUUUGGUCAAUUCUGUCAGUGUUGCUAUUAAUAAACCAAAAAGGGAUAGAGUGGCUACCAUUAAUUUUUAAUGAGAAACCUAUUAGCAAAUGUUGAUGCUUUGCAAUCUCUGAGGAGUUAAUGACUCUUUUUAAAGACAUUUGAGUCCUGGAUGUGUUUAUAAUUACAUGCCAUUGAAGAAGUCAUAGGAUUUUAGAAGUAAAAGAAUACCUACUACUGGUUGCAGUGGCUCCUGCCUGUAACACCAGUGACUUGUGAGGCUGAGGCAGGAGGAUUGCAAGUUUGAGGCCAGUCUCAACAACUUAGCAAGACCCUGUCUCCACCAAUUAAAAAAAAUGUGCCUCAAAAUAAAAUAAAAAUGAACCUAGGGAUGUAGCUCAGUGGUAGAGUAACCCUGUGUUGUAUCCCCAGUACUGCAAAAACAAAGCAAAAUGAAAUGAAAGAACACCUAGCAUCUGGCCUCUUCCUGCCUCCUCCUGGAAAUCUUCCAAAUAAUGAUUAGAAUAUUUUCAAUAAUGUUGGAUACUAGUAUCUAAGAACAUCACUAGUAAGUGAAUGUUUAUAGGGAUUGACCAUGAUCACUUUAUUUCCACUUUUUAAAAUGGAUGGGAAGCAGAGCUUUCUCUGUAGUUUUUUUUUUUUCUUUCAGUCUGACAGAGUGCAAAUGAUAUCCAAAUUCCAGCAUUAUUCAAGUUUCUGGUUAUAUUUUUAUAUUAUAAUAGUCUAUGUGAAACACAACCUCCACCUGUUCUGCACACCUGUUUCAUCAUCCAGAGAAAGUCAGUUAUAUGCUUCCUGAAGACUUUAACCUGAUAAGUGAGGCCCAAUCCAAGAAAGUGCAUCCUUAACAAAUCAGAUUUCCACACUUACAGUCCUUUUGCUGAACCAAAGAGUUUUUGUUUCCUGGAGUAGUAUUUUUAAAGAUUAUGUAUUGUACAUAGAAAAACCAUUUUUAAUAGGAUUAACAUAACCUGCUUAAAGAAUUUCUAAAGUUUUUAAAAUAUUUUUAUUUGCAUUUGGUUUGUAUGUACUAUAUGUUUUUCCAUGUAUAUAUUUUAAAAUUACCAACAUAUACAGGUAGAAAAUUUAUGUAUUGGAUGGAUAUUAAAACUGUACAGUUAUAAUAGCAAUGAUAUUCUCAAAAGGAGAUCAAAUGAUUGUAACUUAAAAAAACCCUAAGUAUAUAUAGAGAUAAAAACCUGUAAGACUACUACAGGUUUAUUUUUCCUGUGGUUGGUCAUAUCAUAUGUAAUUCCCUCAUGUGAUUUUAUUGUGUUUUCUUUAGAGUACUUUAUAAAGAUGAGGAUGUAAGAGAUUGAACCAUCCUAUAAUUCCAACUCCACUAUUUCCUAGCUGGGUGACCUUGGGGAAAUGAUUUACUUUUUUGAGUACUAGCUUUCUCACUUGUAGAAAAAAGGCAAAGUAAUAUUUACUCUAGAAGCUUGCUUUGGGGAUUAUAAAAAGGUAUGUAGAGUCCUUUGCCAGGUAUCUGUGAAAUAAUCAAUGUUGCAUUGAUGGGAGCUAUGGUUACUGUCUCUGUGAAAAUUAAAGGGGCCUUAAUAACCAGUUAGUCCUGAACCUUGUGCAUCAUUGAUGUCUGUAUGCAAAAUUGUACUGAUUAAAUCCCAUAUCUGUC